GUGGGGUGCAUUAGAUUCCAGCAACGUUUAUUUGGCCAACAAUAACAAUAGCUAAGGCAAAAUGUUUCUACGCCGUUGCACUUUUCUGCUAUUGCUCUGCCUAAUUGCGAGUGACGCCAACGCCGUGCGCAAAACGAAGCGUCCUGUCAAGCCGGCCAAGCAAACAAUUCCACGCACCAAUGUGACGCCAGCGCCGGCAGCUACAGCUGCCACAACAAGCAGCAGUGCCAGCAGCAGCAGCAGCUCCACUACAACAACCACCACCAGCGAACAGAGCGUGGAGGCAGCACCGCUGGUCAGCAGCACCAACAGCGCGAUUAGCAACAGCGAGCUGCCCAAGCCGCUGCAGCCACAAAAUGACGCACAGCCAGAGGCCAAGACAGACAAAGCGCCUGAGACGGACGAGGAGUGCGAUCCAGAUAUGAUUGGCUUCGAGAUAAUUACCGGCUACGUAUUGUCGGCACCCUCAAAAAUGUUGGAUACACUACCCGGCACGCUGAUGCUUACGGACUGCUUGGAGGCUUGUCAGAGCAAUGAGUCCUGCAGUUCUGUCAACUAUGAAACCGGCUUGUGUGUGCUGUUCAAGACGACCGCCGAUAAAUUGCCAGGUUCACUUUCGCGCUCACAAUUUCCGGUUUUUACGAUCUACGCACAGAAAUCGUGUUUGGGCGUGCGUCCUUGCUCCAAGGCCUGGUGCGUUGAUCGCGUUCAAGGUUACCGCCUGCCCGAACAUGUCAAAUCUAGUCAGACGGUGCUGUCGCGUCGCGACUGCUUGGAACUCUGCCUGGGUGAAACGGAGUUUACGUGCCGCUCGGCCAACUUUUAUCGCCAUUCCGGCCUGUGUGAGCUCUCAGACAUGGAUCGCAUCACGCUAUCGGCGGGCAACAGCGUUGAAGCUUAUGAAGGCGCCGACUAUCUGGAGAAUAAUUGUGCUGAGGAGCCCAGCAAGCUGUGCGAAUUCAAGCGUAUCUCGGGCAAGAUUCUAAAGACAGUGGAUUCCGUUUAUCAGGACAUUAACACCAUUGAUGAAUGUCGCGAUCUGUGCCUUAACUCGCCUUACAGAUGCCACUCGUAUGACUACAAUGACACUGGCGACAUGGUCUGCCGUCUGUCGCAUCACAGUCGCGCCACAUUGACGGAUGUGAUGGAUCCCUAUCUGGAUGUGCCCGAAGCAGCCACCUAUGAGCUGUCCGCCUGCUACAAUGUGUCUAUCGAGUGCCGUUCCGGUGAGAUGAUCACCAAGAUACGCACCUCCAAGCUGUUCGAUGGCAAGGUCUACGCCAAGGGAGCUCCCAAGUCUUGCUCCGUAAGCGUGGACAAAUCGCUGGAGUUUGAUUUCCGCAUGGGCUACAACGAUCUCGAGUGCAAUGUGCGCCAGAGUGCCUAUGGUCGUUAUAUGAACGAUAUUGUUAUACAGCAUCAUUCCAUGAUUGUCACCUCCUCUGAUCUGGGCCUGGCUGUCAGCUGUCAGUAUGAUUUGACCAACAAGACGGUGCUGAACGAUGUGGACUUGGGUGUCACUGGCGAGAUCGAAUCGUCGCUUAGCGAGGAGAUAACCAUCGAUUCACCGAAUGUCAUUAUGAAGAUCACCUCACGCGAUGGCAGCGACAUGAAGCGCAUCGCCGAGGUCGGUGAUCCUCUGGCGCUCCGUUUCGAGAUCGUUGAACAGAACAGCCCGUACGAGAUCUUUGUGCGCGAACUGGUCGCCAUGGAUGGCUCGGACAGCGCCGAGAUUACGCUGAUCGAUGCUAAUGGCUGCCCUACCGAUCAAUACAUCAUGGGCACCAUACAGAAGCUCUCGCACAAUCGCAAGGUGCUGCUCUCUCAGUUCGAUGCGUUCAAGUUCCCAUCUAGCGAGGUGGUACAGUUCCGCGCCCUGGUAACGCCCUGCAUUCCACGCUGCGAGCCUGUCAUUUGCGAUAGCGAAGAUGGCGCCAGCGGCGAAUUGAAAUCUCUUGUCUCCUAUGGCCGCAGGAAGCGCUCCGUGGUGAAUGGCACCGAUGGUGCCGAGUUCAUGGUCAGCACACGCCAGCAACGCGAGCGCCGCGAUGUUAACCAAGCCCCAGCCGAUGAUAACAUACUGCUCGUGCAGUCCAUACAAAUCACAGACAAGUUUGGCUUCCAGGCCGAGGAUGGCAGCGACGCCGGCCAGAAUGCUGCCGAGCCCCAUGAGAAGGCCUACGCGGGCGUUCCUCAGGACAAGCUCACUUGUCUUAAUGGCUAUGGUCUGAUCUUUGCCGGUUCACUGUUUCUGCUCGCCCAGCUGAGCAUCUUUGGCAUUUGGAAGACCGUUCAGCGACGCACUCGCAAGGAGCGCUAUCUGUAUCAGCAGGACCCCACGCCAACCAUCACAUAUGGUGCGCCCACCAUUCUAUAUGGACCACCCCCACCAUCAGGUGGCAGCGCUGCAGCGUCGCAUGUGAGCAGCGCCAAGGAUACGCUGAGCAAGCUAUACGACAGCGGCAUGAAUGGACGCUAUGGUCAGCAGUACUAAGAUGGGUAUCGGAUAGCUCUCACAAUUAGCUGGGAACAAACGCAAUAUGCCUCGAAAGCUUCAAAAGAUUCGAUGAGACUUGAAUAGCACAUAUACAUACAUAAUCGCCAAGCAGCGAUGCAUGAAAAUCAUUUGAAAAAUUCAUAGUUUAAUUCUACGUAAAAUUUAGUUUAAGCUUAAUUUAAUUAACACGUAAUAUAAUCGAAUACGCAAUCGAAUACGCAAAAAAAUAAUCGAACUGAUUGCAUUUCAAAUGCGCGCUUUUAAAUGAACUGGAAGAAAUGUUCCAGCAUUUUAAAACUGCGCAUUGCAUAGACAAAAUCAAU